AUGUCGGCUAAUGGUCCAGACGAAUUAUUCCAUGAUCGUCCCCGAACACCUGUUGAUCGAGAUCCUAAAAAGACUCCCGUCAAAUCGCUUUGCCAAUUCACUUGCGUCUCCACUCGUUGGCGCUCUCUCAUCUCCGAUCCUUACUUCAUCGACUUGCAUUUGACUCACUCCGCGACUCGCCCGAAACUCCUUGUUGGUUUCCACGACCCAGAUGAUGAGCGUGGAGGAGUCUUCUCAGUCGACCAACUUGAGCCUCACAACGGUCGAGCCCAAAUCGCUACACUGCCCUUUUCAUUUCAUGGCUGGACUGGUCCUUUCGUUUUGCAGUCUCAACAAGGCCUCGUCAGCCUCGAAGUCGGCGGUCACAUCCAAAUUACAAAUCCCCUGACAGGGAUGUAUGCGACUUUCGGAUUGCCUAGAAUAACCGAGCGAUAUGCUUCUUUUUCAUGUUAUCAACAAAUGCAUUCUUUUGGAUUCGAUCCUGUCGAGAGGAAGCAUAAGGUUCUGAGCACACGUGUGAUUAUUAUGGGAGGGCUCGAUGGCAGGUUGAUCAUGGAGUCAUGGGUGCUCACCCUGGGGACAGAGAAGUGGAGGCAGGUCGAAGGUUGUGCAGCCCAUGAUAAGAAGGGUCGCGAGGUCUGCUUCGAUGGGGUGGUUUAUUACAUGGCUUGGAGUUGUUUGCAUGGCGUCCAUGGGGAUGAUUACCUGGUGGCGUUUGAUGUUAGGACGGAGAGUUUUCGCAUGAUUACAAUUCCCGCCGAAGCCCACAAAGAUAUACACAGAGCCCUCCUUAUUAAAUUCGAGGAGCACGUUGCGAUGGUGGAUCGUAACAAGGCUCUGUCUUGUGAGGAGAUUAUUAUGUGGAUCCCGGAGGACUUUGAUCAGGAAAUAUGGAAGAAGAGAGUUUUCAGCUUGCCCUCAUAUUGGAAGGAGAUUGCCCCGGACCGCCGAGUUUUUCCAGUGGGUACGGUUCGUUCUGGUGAACUAUUGUUCGCGCCUCGAACCUUAUCAAAGCCUGUGUGCAUGUUUUACUACAACUUGAAGACCAACAGCUUAAGGCGGAGUGAAAUUUGCGGGUUGGAUGAUGUGUCUCCUGAAUUUUGUGCUUUGACUUUUUUAAAUCAUGUCGAGAAUGUACGCAUCCAGGACCUAAGACAACUUUUAUCUGAUGGCAAGGCAAAAAAUGGACCGCAAUCUCUCUUUCCUCCAAAUGGGGAAAGAACUUGUCAACGGGCUAGAAAAAUGUUUAUCACAAUGAAUGUGAAAGCUAACGAGAGAGCACAAGCAAGUGAAGUACUAAAACUAGCAACUAUGGUUCGAUGCUAG